UCGUAAGGGUUAACUCCCCCAGUGUCCCAGCAUGCACGUCUAUCCGUGCAGCUAAAUCGCGCCUGCGCACGAUGAAUCUCCCUCUUUUGGACCCAGACCUCUUUCAAGAUGGCAAAACGAACCAAGAAGGUCGGGAUUGUCGGAAAGUAUGGUACCCGUUAUGGUGCCUCCCUCAGGAAGAUGGUUAAGAAAAUUGAAAUCAGCCAGCAUGCCAAGUACACCUGCUCCUUCUGUGGCAAGACCAAGAUGAAGAGAAAGGCUGUUGGUAUCUGGAACUGUGGGUCCUGCAUGAAGACAGUUGCUGGUGGCGCUUGGACAUACAACACCACAUCUGCAGUCACAGUGAAGUCUGCCAUCAGAAGACUGAAGGAAUUGAAAGAGCAGUAAACUGUCCUGAGCGUCGGAGCAUGUAUUUGUACUUCUAGAGAUUUCUUUGACGGACUCUAAAUCAGCCUUGUGUUGUACAUUUGCAAACCAUCACCACACAAUAAAGGAGUUGUCAAGAGUG